AUGCGUGCUGUGAUAUUUUCCGAAUCCGUGUUAGUAGUCGCUGCCAUGCCCUACUUAUGGAUUUUUUCGUUUUUUACUGUGAUCAUACCGCCGUAUUUCACUCUACGCUCAACUCUGCGCCCAAGUUUGCGAUAUCUACUUCACCUAAUCUUCGUGCUUUACCUACUAGUGCAAUUGGUCGCUAGUUGUUGGAUUGCAUAUAUCAACAGUGUGGCGAUUAGUAACUCCGUGAUACGAGACUCAUUGGAUAGCAUAACUUUUGUUUUAAAUACUGGAAUCUGUACUGUUCAGUUGAUAGUGCAGAUAACGGUAUAUAUUCAAGCACUAACCGGUUCCCAUCUACUACGAAACAUAUUCAUUAAUGUCGUGCACCUGGAGGGCGAUAUACGGCAGCAUUGCACAGCUGGUUGGUCUCUGCAGUCUAUACGCUGGCGCCUAUGCCUGCGCACAGGACUUUGGUUGAUGGUCAUCUGCACCAUCGCACCAUACCUGAAUUAUGCACUCAGCAACUAUCAACUAACACCCGUUGAACGUGCGAUAACGGUGUUUUUCACAACGUUUGUUCAGAUCAAAAGUGUUGAGUAUUGCGUUAAUGUGCAAUUGGUGCAGGAGUUGUUGCGCUUGGUGCAACAACAGCUGGUGCAUUUGAGACGUGAACUGGUGCGCUGUGAAAGAUUGGAAUCGCGUUCAAUUUUGUAUGCUGAGUUGCAUACGAAUCAACAGCUUUUGGCACGUGUCUGGGAUUUGUUGAAUCGAGUGGAGGGAUAUUUUUGCAUCCCAAUGCUUGUGCUCUUCUUCUUGAAUGGAUUCUCUGUAACACAAACCAUACACUGGGCUUAUAUAAAUUUUGAACGUGACAAUUUGAAUUUACGUUUAUGUCGAAUCAUCUACACUGUGAUGCUUAUUGUAACCCUGUUUAUACCCUGCUACCUAAGCCAAUGCUGUAUUGAUGAGUAUAACCGGGUUGGCACGAUGCUGCACAAACUGAAAACCGUUGAUAUUGACGAAUUGCUGAGUAUGCGAUUGCAGGAGUAUUCACUUCAACUAAUGCACCAACAAAUGCUAUUCACUUGCGGGGGAUUCUUCGACAUAAACUUGAAGAAUUUUGGUGCGAUCAUUCUAACGAUUACCACGUACGUUGUUAUACUCAUUCAAUUCAAAUUGCAAGCGGAGACAGAAAAUAAAUUAAACGGCGGAGUACGUUUUGAAUAAUACCUACCUGC